GUCAUGCCGGUGCGAGGGCGCGCGGUGUCCGCGGUGCUGGUGUGCUGGUGGUGGGUCUGCGGUGCCGGUGCGCGCGCCUUGUGCCCCGAAGAGGACACACACCCCCUGGCCGCGGGCUGCCAGUGCUCCCGCGAGGGGGCGGAGCUGGCCUGCAGAGGCGCAGGCCUGCUGGCGGUGCCCGCGCGCCUGCCCGCCUCGCUCGUCAAGCUAGACCUGGCGAACAACAACAUAACGGAAAUCAACGAAGACUCCUUUCGAGAUCUGCCUCUGCUGGAAGAACUGAUCCUGGCCAAGAACAGACUGGUCGCUGUUCACCCCGAGGCGUUCGCCCGCAACCGCCUGCUGAAGAGGCUGUCCCUGCAGAACUGCGGUCUGCGCGACCUGCCGUGGGGCGCGCUGCAGUCGCUCGCGCAGCUCACGUCUCUACAGUUGGACCAGAAUGAGAUCCAGACACUGCCGGCCGAGGCGUUCAGCCACGUGGCGAGGCUGCGCAACCUGCGGCUGGACGGCAACCAGCUGACCGCAGUGCCCUCUGAGGCGCUCCGGCCGCUCGGCGCGCUCGAGGCCCUGAAUCUAGGAAACAAUCAACUAACAUCGAUUCCCGUUGGAGCGUUUCCGGAAAUGCCGAAUCUUGUAAUAUUAUUGCUCAAGGGUAACUCCAUAGCCAGCAUCGAUGACGAAGCUUUCGCCAACCUGACUUCACUUCGUGCAUUGGAGCUGGAUAUGAACCUGCUGACGAGUCUGCCCGCGGCGCUGACCAGCCUCACCGCGCUCAAGGAGCUGUCGGUCUCGGGCAACAGGAUCCGCAGCAUCCCGGCCGGAGUGCUGCAGCGCUUCCCGGGCCUCGUGCUGCUGGAGCUGAGGGGCAACCCCCUGGCGGCCGUGGAGCCGCGCGCCUUCGCCGGCCUGCCGCGCCUCAAGAAGCUGAUCCUGUCGGACGCGCGCGAGCUGGAGGACUUCCCGAACCUGAACGGCACGUACUCACUGGAGCUGCUGCGCCUGGACCGCUCCAGCAUCUCGCACGUGCCGGCCUCGCUGUGUCGCUCCUGCCCGCGCCUCAAGACCCUGGACCUGAAGCUGAACAAACUGACCCACAUCCCGGACCUGACGAGCUGCAAGGAGCUGAGAGUCCUGGACCUGACCAGCAACCACAUCUCGGACCUGCACGGACAGCCCUUCCACAGCCUGGCGCUGCUGCACGACCUGCUACUGGCGCACAACGCCAUCACGGAGCUCCCGGGAGAUGCCUUCCGCGGCCUGCAGCGGCUCCAGGUCCUGGAUCUGGAGGCGAACGCCAUCCAGGUGGUUCAUCCGGAGGUGUUCCUGCCCUUCGCCCAGCUCGAAGACCUGAACCUGGGCAACAACCUGUUCCCGUCGCUGCCGCCGGCCGGGCUGGACCGCCUGCUGCACGUGAAGACCUUCAACAACCCGAACCUGCGCGAGUUCCCGCCGCCCGAGAGCUUCCCGCGCAUCCAGAGCCUGGUGCUGUCCUACGCCUACCACUGCUGCGCCUUCCUGCCGCUCAUCCCGGCCGAGCCGCCGCCGCGCCAGGCGCUGCACGAGACCGUCUUCUUCCCCACCGACAACGAGUUCGACCUCAGCCUGUGGAACUCCAGCGGCCUCGCCGACAUCUGGCCGCAGCUGCAGAACCUGAGCAGCAAGUUCGGCACGCAGAUCAACGAGCUGUGGGACAACUUCGGCUCGGACUUCACGUACCCGGGCAACAUGCCGUCCUACGUGGAGGAGUACUUCGAGGAGCAGGACAGCAGCCGCUCGCUGGCCAGCGACCUGCCGCCCUCCAGGAUCAAGUGUCUGCCGCUGCCCGGACCGUUCCUGCCCUGCCAGGACCUGUUCGACUGGUGGACUCUGCGCUGUGGAGUGUGGAUAGUGUUCCUGCUCGCCAUGCUGGGAAAUGGCACGGUGGUCUUUGUGCUGAUCUUCUCGCGCAGUAAGAUGGACGUGCCUCGUUUCCUCGUCUGCAACCUCGCCGCCGCCGACUUCUUCAUGGGCGUCUACUUGGGGUUUCUGGCCGUGGUGGACGCCUCGACGCUGGGAGAGUUCCGCAUGUACGCCAUCCCGUGGCAGAUGUCGGCCGGCUGCCAGCUGGCUGGCUUCCUGGGCGUGCUCAGCUCCGAGCUGUCCGUGUACACGCUCGCCGUGAUCACGCUGGAGCGCAACUACGCCAUCACGCACGCCAUGCACCUCAACAAGAGGCUGUCGCUGAAGCACGCCGGCUACAUCAUGGCGUGCGGCUGGGGGUUCUCCGUCGUGAUGGCCGUGCUGCCGCUCCUGGGGGUCAGCGAGUACCGCAAGUUCGCGGUGUGCCUGCCCUUCGAGACGACCACGGGCCCCGCCAGCCUCGCCUAUGUCGUCUUCCUCAUGUUCGUCAAUGGCGUGGCCUUCCUCAUCCUCAUGGGCUGCUACCUCAAGAUGUACUGCGCCAUCCGAGGCUCGCAGGCCUGGAACUCCAACGACUCGCGCAUCGCCAAGAGGAUGGCCCUGCUCGUGUUCACCGACUUCAUCUGCUGGUCGCCCAUCGCCUUCUUCUCGCUGACGGCGGCGUUCGGCCUGCAGCUGGUGUCCCUGGAGCAGGCCAAGGUGUUCACGGUGUUCGUGCUGCCGCUCAACUCGUGCUGCAACCCCUUCCUCUACGCCAUCCUCACGAAGCAGUUCAAGAAGGACUGCGUGCUGAUCUGCAAGGCCAUCGAGGAGUCGCGGGUGACCAGAGGCAUCGGCCGCUGCCGGCACAGCUCAAACUUCAGCAACCGCCAGACCCCGGCCAACACCAACAGCCUGGUGGACCGGUCCUCGCGCGAGAACCAGGCGCAGUGCGCGUGCGGGGCCAAGCUGCUGCCGGGAGACGGGCCCAUGGCGGAGCCCCGGGCGAGGACCGACCCGCGCCGCUGGCUCGCGGCCAAGGCGCGCCGGCUCCUGCUGCCCUGCCGCGACGGCGCCCGCGAGCCGCGCCACCGGGGCCGCUCCGACCAGUACGCCUACCAGAUCGCCGAGAUCCAGCAGAAGCAGCACAAGAGGGCCUCGUCCGUGUCGUCGAGCGAGAACUUCAGCUCGUCGCGCUCCGACUCGUGGCGCCAGGGCCACCACCACCGCUGCGGCAUCCCGCUGCGCCUGCUCGAGCCCAAGCGGCGCGCCUCCUCGUGGCUGGUGGCCCGCAAGACGUCGCAGGACUCGAACCUGUCCAGCUCGAGGAACGACUCCUCUGGGUCGGCGACGACGGCGAGCACGGGCACGUGGAGGAUGUCGCGGUCGAGCGCGUCCAGCGGGGUCGCCGUCGGCGCCGCGGAGACGCUGCCCCGGGCGCGCGCCAAGCCGCGCCUCAUACGCCAGGCGGCCAUCCAGGACGACGCCCCGGACCCCCCCGGGUCCCCGUCGCGCCUCACCGUCAGGUUCCUCACCACCAUCCCGUCCGCGGCGGAGACGAGCGUGCAGCUGGACGAGGAGGCCGGCUCGCACACGGCCGUGCUGCACGCCAGCCCGCUGCGCGACGGCGCCGUGGUGUUGCACCACGAGGCCUCGGCUGGCCAGCACGACCCGGACAACACAUGAGCGAGCCUCUCGGCCCCUCGCGGUUACCAGUUCCUCCGGCUGCCCGCCAGCCGUUCUCCGCGG